AUGGCGUCACUUGCAGCAGCCAUGCGUCCUCCAAGCCGGAUCCUCGGCCGCAGCUGCGUCAAACCGCAUCUAGGGCUUCGUUUCCCGCCCUUUGCCGCCCAGAGAGCGCUUCACUCCAACAACAACAGCAACAGCAACAACAAAAACAACAUCAACGCAAAUCAGUCACUCACAGUCACGAAUCUACUGGCCCCCGAGCUUUCCCACAGCCAGAAGCCUGACCAUGUCGCGGCCGUGGCCCAGCGUCUCGAACAAGACGGCAUCCUCAAGAUCACGCUCGGCUUCCCCGACCAAAAGAGCCGCUAUCUCGAAAGACUGAUCCGAAGCCUGCACGCCAGCCACAACCACCGGCUUCCCAUUUCGCACAGCGCCACGCGGGGCUGGUUCUGGGACGUGCGGCCGAGCGCCGACAACUUCCAGACGGCCAACCACCAGGCGCGGUCCGAGACCAUGGAGGAGUUUCCCUGGCACACCGACUGCAGCUACGAGUACCCGCCGCCUCGGUUCUUUGCGCUGCAGGUCCUGCAGCCGGACCGGUACGGCGGGGGCACGCUGUCCGUCAUGAGCGUGGCGCGGCUGAGCGAGCGGCUCGACGCAGCGACGCUGGCGACGCUGAUGCGACCCGAGUUCCGCAUCGCGAUCCCCAAGGAGUUUAUCAAGGACCCGACGGCGCGGACGUGGAUUCGUGGGAGCCUGGUGGUGGCGGACGCGCAGGGCAGGCCGGGCUUGAUUCGGUUCCGCGAGGAUAUCGUGACGCCGCUCGGGCCGGCGGCGGCGGCGGCGCUGGAGCGUCUCAAGACGGCGCUGCGACGGCUCGCGGCACAGCCUCAGUCGACGCUCCACCUCUCGGCAAAGGACCUGCCGGCGCGGUCCAUCAUCCUCAUCGACAACAGGCGGUGGCUGCAUGCGCGCAACGAGGUGACGGAUCCGGAUAGGCACUUGCGCAGGGUGCGGUGGGACGCGGCCCCGUUUCCUGGUCUGGAGGAGGGCGAUACGGAGGAGACGUUGGCUGCGUAG